AUGGCGGAUGCAAAAGAACAAAAAUAUUUUAGUCUACUUUAUUUGAUUUUUGCAGCCUUUUUAUUACGUAUUGGAUUCAUUAUUUAUGGCGAAUGGCAAGAUAGGACUAUGGUUGUUAAAUAUACCGAUAUAGAUUACCAUGUUUUUACGGAUGCUGCGAGGCAUGUGUAUAAUGGAGGUUCGCCGUAUGACAGACAGACAUAUCGAUACACACCUCUUUUGGCUAUCAUUUUGACACCAAACGUUUCCCUCCACAAUGCGUUUGGAAAACUACUGUUUAUUUUAUUUGACGUCAUCACUGGGUAUCUUCUGUACAAGAUUCAAGUUGAGAGAGGCUUUGGGGAAAAGAUUUCAUUGAUAAGUUCGUGUUUGUGGAUGUUCAACCCAAUCGCUGUCACUGUAUCUUCCAGAGGAAAUGCAGAAUCCAUCAUGGCGUUUUUAGUCCUGGCUACUUUAUACUCUGCUUUAAAGGAUAAACCUUCCUUGACAGCCACUUUUCUUGCUCUAGCAGUGCAUUUCAAGAUCUACCCAAUUAUAUACAGUCUGCCUAUUUUUCUCUUUAUUGGAAGCAGGUCACGUGAAAGUGAACGUCUGGAGAUUCCAAAUCAUGUGAAACAAAUGCCUAUGUUUUUGUUCAAAUAUGUGCUUCAUCCUGCUAGAGUUAAACUUGUCUCGAUAUUUAUUAUGACCUUAGGAAGUCUUACCUUGGCACUAUACUACAGAUAUGGCUUUGAUUUUCUUGAACACACCUACUUAUACCAUGUCACAAGAACUGAUCCAAAGCACAACUUCUCAGUGUAUUUUUACAUGCUCUACUUGACUCAAAAUUCACCUUGGACUAAGGUCAUUGGGUUAAUGUCUUUCUUACCCCAGAUGACACUAACUGUGGGACUGGCUUUCAAACACUCUAAGGAUAUUUGCUUUUGCUGCUUUGCUCAGACAUUUGCAUUUGUGACAUUCAACAAGGUCUGCACAUCUCAGUAUUUCUUAUGGUACCUUUGCCUCCUUCCUCUUGUCACUCCUCAAAUUUCAGUGACACUUUUCAAAGCUGUUGUCAUGGCAUUAGCCUGGUUUACUGCCCAGGGCAUGUGGUUAUAUUUUGCAUAUUAUCUGGAGUUUGGAGGUCAAAAUACAUUUUUACAAAUAUGGAUUGCCAGCCUUUGGUUUUUCUUUGUAAAUUUGUGGAUCCUGUGUGAAGCUGUGAAAAAGUACAUUCCCCUGACUUCAAUCAAACCCAAAAAAUUGUAAAAAGAUAUAGCAGUUAAAUAAAUACACUGAUAAAUCA